UAGAGUCCUUACAGUUGGAUGCUUCGCCAGUGAACGUUCAUUAAACAAACAUGGCUAAUACCACAGAAUCCUCUGGAGAGCUGAUAAAUGCUGAGUUAGAGAUUGUCGAUGACAACUCUAUAUUGAGAGCAGAUUUCAUUCAGGAGCUUCUUCCAUCUGCUGAGCGAACGGCUCUCCUUUAUCACCUGACUUUCCUGAGUCUGGGAGAAUUCCCAAAGAUGGAGCGUCUGAUCAGAGAUCAAGCUAUUGAAACACAACUGCUGUUCGGAUCCUCUGAAGCCCUUCUGGUGAAGUGCGUCGGCACGAGUUCCAACCUGGUCACCACCCUGUUUCCAAUAUUGAAAAAAGCUGUGGAGAAGAACAAAUCUGUUUUGGCAGUGAGGUACCUGAUGAAAGCCAAAGUGUGGAUCACUGACAUCGUAGCACAAGUGGAUGACAUAGUGAAGAGGUAUGAUCAACACAACAAAAGUGUGAAAACAUGCACCAGUGACGUGUAUCAAGAACAAACAGAGACCAAAGAAAAAAAAGCGAAAAAAUCUGAUGAGAUGAAGGGUCUGGAGGAUGCUCUGGCCAAGCUUGAAGUGGAUCUGAAAAGAGUAGUCGACAAUAUGGAGAUGAAUGAGAAACAAAUUCAAACCACAACUGACGAGCUGAACAGCUUCAUCAGAAGAUUUCAGGAAGAACAUGGCCACUGGACUGUGAGGUUCCUUGACUUUUUUAGAGGCUAUCCAGAUGCUAUGAAGGAGCCUAGUGCCAUCGCUCUGGAUAUAAAACUGAAACAACUCGACUCUGAGAAGAGCCUUCUGCGAAAUGAGGAAUGGAACAUCAAAAUCAAGCUGACUGAUCUUCAGCUGCAGCUGGCCAAUUGUAAAAUACGAAUGGGUGAGAUUCCCGACCCUGACAACCUGACGGAAGUCCAGCUGUGUCUUUCUCAAAUCCAACAAAUUCUGGUUGAUCUGAAAAAGUUUUGGGAGAAGGUGGAUGCUAUUCUGUGCACGCUGAAAGAUCAAACCUUUGCUGGGGAGGAAAUGGUUGACAUGGAGGACAUGAAGGAUGAGUUUCUAAACUGCAUUGAAGAUGCAGCAAAGUACUGGAAGAGAUUUGGUAUGUGCUGUCAGAGAGCUGAAGGCGUCUUCAGUGUUCAGUCUAGAGAUGCAUAUAAAUUCCUGGAGAUCAAUCCAUCUUCGCUCUCUGAGGAGGAGAGGAACCAGCAGUAUUUGUCUAUCACGGAGAAGCUGAAGAAAAUCUAUCCAGAGCCGCCAGCACUGAGUGCUUCCUGAAUGCUCCUUACUCAAAUCAAUGCAUACAGCUUCUCUUGGGAUUUUCGUAAUGCUUUGUAGUCUUUACAACUGCUCUUGAACAUAUUCA